AUAUAUUUUCGUUCGGGUGGACGUUUUUUAAAAAAAAAUAUUUAAUUUGUAAGUCAUCGGAACCUGCGGGUCCCCAGGUCUACCUGAUGAGUAUGAGCCUGACUACAGAACCCCCUAACGAUGUUCCCGCUACUGUUACAGAAGAGAGCAAAAUGACUACGGUCGUCGUCGAGAAGAAGGACAAGAAGCCAGAUGAAGUGACUGCAGAGGAGGAGGAGGAGGAGGAAGAAUACGUGGUGGAAAAGGUCCUGAACCGGCGGGUGGUGAAAGGGAGAGUAGAGUAUCUUCUCAAGUGGAAAGGCUUCUCUGAGGAAGAUAACACGUGGGAGCCAGAAGACAAUCUGGACUGUCCAGAUUUGAUCGCAGAGUUCCUGCAGUCCCAGAAAAUAGCACAAGAUGGAAAGAGGAAGGCAGCCGGAGACGCAGAUGGAGACGAGAGCAAAUCGAAGAAGAAAAAAGACGAUACAGAGAAGCUAAGGGGCUUUGCUCGAGGGCUGGAUCCAGAAAGGAUUAUUGGUGCCACAGAUUCCACAGGAGAGCUCAUGUUCCUCAUGAAAUGGAAAAACUCUGACGAAGCGGACUUGGUGCCGGCCAAGGAGGCCAACGUCAAGUGUCCGCAGGUGGUGAUCUCUUUCUAUGAAGAGAGGCUUACUUGGCAUUCGUAUCCGACUGAAGACGAGAAAAAAGAUGAGAAAAACUAACAGCGAGCACAAGAGAGAGAAAGAAACUGUAGUUUUGAAUUCCGAUGUACUAUCUGGAGGGGAGGGAGCAGAGACAAGCAAGACACCAUCUUCUCAUCCGUCUUUUAGCGUAGUUUCACUCAUCUGAUUCUACUUUUAUCUGGAUAUAAUCCAACUGUAUAUAAGCUUCAGGUUUGCUUGAAAAAAACAACUGAAAAAGUAAAAAUGCAGUGUUAAUUUUCAGUAUCGACUCCAGUUUUUAAUAAACUCGAUCGGCCGAUUCAGUAUCAGUUCCCACAUCUGGUCCAGUGCUCGGUCAUGUAUCAGUGAGGUGAUGUUUCUCUUCAUUAGUGUGCCUUUUUUUUGUUUGACUUGGCUCGUUGGUGCUUUUUGCGGGCAGAACUGUGUUCAUCUUAGCUGUUUGGUCAUUUUAGGACUCGUUUGGUGUACGGUUACAAACUCUUUUCAGUGAUUCUUUUGGUUAUUGGUAAAUCUUUGUAGUGUUUUUCAUUGUUGUCUUGCUUGUCAGUUUUGGAGAAUAAACCACUUUUUGUUA